AUGCCUGGCAAAGUGGGUGUGAAAAUCAAGGCGGCACGCAAUUUGCCUGUCAUGGACAAGAGCAGCGAAACGACGGAUGCAUUUGUUGAAAUCAAAUUAGCCUCGGUGACCCACAAAACGGACGUGUUCCGCAAGAGCCUGAAUCCCACAUGGAACACAGACUGGUUUCGCUUUGAAGUGGAUGAUGCUGAGCUGCAGGAUGAGCCACUGCAGAUACGACUGAUGGACUACGACACAUAUUCGGCCAAUGAUGCCAUUGGCAAGGUGAACAUUAGCUUGAAUCCUUUGUGCCUGGAGAGCUCUAGUCAGGCGGUGCACGGCAAGGGCACUGUCCUCUCCGGUUGGAUACCAGUCUUUGACACAAUGCACGGCAUUCGUGGCGAAAUCAAUGUGAUAGUCAAAGUGGAUCUAUUCUCUGAUGUCAACAAGUUUCGUCAAAGUUCCUGCGGCAUACCCUUCUUCCACUCCCAAUGUGUUCCAUUUGGUUAUCGCGCUCAAGUCAUACAUGGCUUUGUUGAGGAGCUGGUGGUCAACGAUGAUCCGGAGUACCAAUGGAUUGACAAAAUACGCACACCACGCGCCUCCAACGAAGCGCGGCAAGUUGUCUUCCUGAAGCUGUCCGGCCAGGUGCAGCGCAAAAUGGGCUUAAAGGCCAUCAAUAUGGGCGCCAAUGCGGUGAUCGGUUACACGCAAUGCUUUGACCUCGAGGGCGAUGUGGGUGUGGUGGCACGCGGCGUGGGCACAGCCGUCACACUGAUCAAGGACACAAGCAGCAGUCAGCCAAAUAGCGCCGAUGUGGUGCUCAUAGAGGAAUUGGCCCAAAAGUAUCUCGACUUUCUCAACUGUGCGGGUGCGAGCAGCUUGAGUCUGCCGCUGUCCGGACGUACGCCACAAUAUCGUCUCAACAUAUGCCGGCAGCCCACAGCAGCCGCGGAGGCAGCGGCGGCAGCAACGUUGUUCUACAUCGAAAGUGCCAGCAGUGACACAGAGGAUGCGGAUCUCAUGCAGAAUCUCAUCAGGCAGGAGGACGAGCGCGGUGAGCGGAUUCGCGAGAAGAAGCUGAGGCAUCGCAUGCGCCGUCUAACGCUCUCCUCGCGCAAUGUCUUCAGCGAGAAGUAUGCCACGCUGAUACGACGCAUCGAGCCAAAGAUACCCGAGAAUGCCACACAAUCGCUAAGCAGCAUCUUUGGCGGCAGCGGUGGAGCAGUCACGGCACCGUCCAGCUUUCGUCAGCGGCGUCGCAGGUCGCGAUUUCCCCUGAACAUGAAGGCCAGUCCCCCGAACAUUGUGCGCUCCAUAAGUAACGAUACGGGCGUGCGUCCCAGCCAUGUGACAGCCAGCCAAAGUUUUCUCACUGUGCCCGGUCUGACGGAGUUUCAGGAGAAUACGCGCUCAGCGCCGGACUUGCCAGUGGAUGAGGAGUUUAUGCAGCUAAAGAGCGGCCGCUCCUUCACGUACUCCACGGACUCCGAGGAGUCAUUGCAAAUUGCUUUACUCCCGCCCGAUAGCAACGGCGAAGAGUCGCUGGAGGAGGAGAAUCUGCAGGACAAUUGGAUCAGGCCGGGCGAGACGCGCAGCUGUGAGAAUAGUCAGCCAGAUCUCGGACCGAAGCACCACAACUUGCUAGAGGAUUUGCGCGGCUUCUCGCGACGCCUGCAGCAGCUGAUGCACCUGAAGCCAAAGGACAUACCGCUCGAACUAAAACCCAAACAUCCAUCCUUUAUGCUCUCAAUGGAGUAUAAGCCUUACUACAGCUCGCAUCCAGAGCUGCCGACAUGCUGCAACGAUGAGGGUUGGCUGGGCAGCACCAACCUGAACACAUCCAGCUCCAUGCUGCAAUUGAAUCAUUUGCCCAGCUACGGAAAGAGCGCCAUGCAGCGCAGUGUUUCAUUUAAUAAUUUGGGCACAGUGGCAGCUGUUGCACCACCGAACACGUUGCUGCUUAAUGCACCGCCAGAGCUGCGUGUUUGCCCCUCGACCCCGACACCCCAGACACCGCCCACAAAGUCCGAGCUACUAGUACCACCCUCCGCCUUUGAUUUUAAUCCUUUUGUUGUUCUUACCAAAUUAGAUCAUUCUGUAAAUAUAUCUAAUAGUACUAACCUUAGUAACAACAAUAAUGAAUCAUCAUUGCUUGCUCCAUUUGCCAUACAACAACAACAACAACAACAACUUAGGUCCAGCACUGAGACAGCAGUAGCAAACGCAGCACAAGCCACGCCACCACCAGCAUCGUCUGGAACAGGAACUGGAAUGGGAACUGGAACGGGAGCUGGUUGGCGCUUGCCCUCGCCCGUGAACAGCAGUCGUUUGAAGUUGACACCAAGUCCAUCCAAGAGUGGCAUAUCGGCGGCCACAAAUGCCGACAGUGCUUCCACAUCAACUGCAUCGACAGCCACUACAAUGGUGCCGGCCACAGUUGGAGAGAUUUGUCGUCGCUCCUCUGACUCUGAUUUGAGUGUCACGCCCAAAGGCAACUCAAUUUGUGUGGCCAGCGAGCGUCUGGUGGCUGCCACGGCAAUGAUGCGUCUAACGCAGCCCGCUGUUGGGGCCAAGACAGGCACCGCAGCGGAUAGCCUGGACAUGCUGGAGUAUCCGUUUCUGACCAUGACAAAGUACCCCACGGGCUUCAUACUCCAUCUGGGAGCGACAGUGGCUGCGAGUUCGGUGAAGCUGCUGGAGCGUGUGCCAAAUCCGGAUGAGCCCGAAGUGCGGGACAGCUGGUGGACGGAGUUGCGCAUGGAGAUACGUUCGCACGCGCGUUCCCUAGGCUGUAAUGUGGUCUUGGGUUAUGCGGAGGCGACAACCAUAUCCGAUGAUGUUUGUGUUUUAUCUGCCACUGGCACAGCGGCCGUCAUCAAUAUGGUGUUCAAUCGUUCGGUGUCGCAAACCGAUCUGUAUGCCAUGUCCAAGGCCACGACGGGCAAUGCCAUGACAAAUUCCCUGGAGGAGGCAAAUGGCAGCAGUAGCGGCGAGCCGAGUGCCAGCAAGGACAGCGGCUCCGUGGGCACUGGCAACAGUUCGGGUGGCAAACGUUACGGCAUGCCACCGCUGAAUGGACCGCGCAAUGCCUGCGCCAUCUGCCACAUACCCUACAACCUCAGCUCCGUGCCGUUCAAUGUAAAGAUGAAGAAAUGUGCCAUUUGCCGCAAGGGACGCGUGCCCGAUGUGCUGCUUGCCACGCUGGAGGUGCCCGAGUAUAUGCAGGUGACGGGACGCGGCUGCUUCAUGCAGGCUCAAGUGGUGCGCGCCAAGCGGGAUCUGCGAGCCGAACUUAAUGCCAAGGAGAUAUCCGACGGGUUGCCAUUUCUGGAGUACGAACUGCAUCGCGUGCUGAUCAACAAGCUCAAGGCCAAGGGCAUGAAUGCAAUUUUCGGGCUGCGCACCCAAGUGGCCAUUGGGGAGCGCAUGAUUGCCUUGAUAGCCACGGGCACGGCACUCUUCCUCACAGCGCUGCCAGUGCCACAGGUGCCGAAAAUAGUCGCCGGCAACUCGUGGACGGACAAGCAAAAGUUGAAUGAGUUGCAAAAGAAAUUGCAGGAGACGUUCGAGCGCAAUCAGGAGAUUUAUCAGCUGAAAAGCUUGGACCCCGACUUGGCUGCAAAUGCGACACCAGCAACGGGCGCUUCUGGCGAUAAACAGUCGGACACGGACGACUCGGAUGAGGAGGAAAUGAACGAAAUCGAUUUGAAUUGCGGCAACAAAGAGCUUUGUGUGCUGGAAGUGGAUGAUAUAGAGGAUCUGGAGAUUAUAUCGCUGCUCAUGGAACCGUAUCCCCCCGAGGGCUUCCACGUGGUCAACACACAGCAGGUGCCGGGCAUGCUCGAAAUGGACACGGUGAAGAAUUUGCAAAUGUUUACACAAGUGUGGCGUGCGCGUCUGGAAGUGGGGCAAAGUGUCAAUGGAUUUCCCAAACACUUUCAGCGUUUGCUGCAGACGAUCUACUUUAAGCUGCGCACCAUGAUACCCUGUGCCAUUUGCGAUUUACGCUUUAGGCUGGAACUGCCCGAGUCGGAUCAAAUUCAACUUCUUGUCACUGGCAUGGCCAUGGGUCUGAGCGAUGCCAAUAAAAUGAAAUAUCGUCGACGACCGGCGCAACCACAGCAGAAUGGCUUCCAUGAGGCUGCCACCACAGUGCAUGCCGCACACUCCCAGCCCGAGCUGGCAAAUGGCAAACGUAUGCUGCAGGAAGAGGAUUACAUAUUCCCACUGGAUGAGGAUCAAAUGGUGGACACACCGACACCAACCAGCACAGCCAUACCGCCGUUUGGCAUGAGUUCGUUUAAAAUGCGCAAAACAUCGCCCUCGCGUCUGGGGAAUCUUUCCUCGGGUGUGCCGCCAUCCUCCACAGGCAUCAAGUCGCUGAAUUUGGGCACAACAGUCUCCAGGAAUCGUUAUUUCCCUUUGCGCGAUCGUUAUGGCGUGGACUUGACUCCGCUGAGUUUCAUACCCGGCGGACGCAUUGAAAAGUAUUUGGGCAACCUCAACUUCUUCUUUAUACGGGAGAGCACUUCAAUACGUGAAAUUGGCGGCAUUAGUGGCUUUGUGCAUGGCUUCAUCACCGAACUGCUGGCAGUGGUGCGUGCGCACAUAGCAUCGUUGGGCGGCAAUGCCAUGGUCUCCUUUUACAUCACCGAAUUGAUAUUGUUUGAUAAUCAGCACAAGAAUCAGGGCCAGUGUUUGAUUAGCAUUGGCGGCGAUGCCGUUUAUGUGAGCUAUUACUCUGAUGACUGAUAUAAGCGCCUGAGGGGCAUCUAGCGUUCGUUUUACGCGAAUCGCCCCAAAAGCCUCUGCUACUGAUGCCAAAUCCCCGCUCGCUUCCUCUCUAUUUGUCUCUCUAUUUACUUCAGCAUGGGUUAAAGGUGUGCGCAUGCAAGGUGUAUUUACUUACAAGGUUAAUUCUGCAGUCUGCCUGGGCGUGGUGAAUAAGUUAUUGGACAACUUCACCUUGUAGGUAAAUUCACCUUGCGCUAGCUCUAUUUAUAUGCUCUUUAGCGGUUGGUUAGUGGAAUUUCUGUAUGCAAUAUUCGAACUGUGACGAAACAACGUUCUUUUUACUUAACUUAGUAGUGUGAAUUAUAUUCUUGGCCCUUGUUAUUAA